AUGAGAGGUGAAAUCCCAAACACGUUCCCUCCAGACUUGUAUCACUCCUGCCAAACGCAAAAGACGGAUUGGGCUAAGAAUGGGAAAACUCAAAAGAUCUUCUUGCUCAUCUUCUCAACACUUUUCUGCCUCGAGGACAUCACUUUUUGGUUCAUCUACAAUUUGAAAGAGAUAGAAACACCGUUAGAAGGAGUCUUCUCACAAAAUCACUUUGAAUUGGUUCAUACAAUUAUUGGAACUGGGAUCCCACUCACCUACAUUCUUUUCAAUUUGAUUGGCAUGCAAGCGAUAAUCGCGAUUCUCUUGACUCUCGCUCAUAUGCUUCACCAUAUUUUCAACUCCUACCAUCAACAAUAUCAUGCCCUUUAUGAGACAAUGGUGAACACUGUGAUGGAGUUAUGCUGGAUGAGCGCUAUUCUUUACUUUGUCAUGCAACACGUUCAUUAUUUGAAUCUUUAUAUCCAUUACAUUGAUGUUCCUUCAACAAUCAACGUUGAAAACCCUGCUCAACAGCAAACGUCAGCUCUCAGGACCUACGAUCAUAUCUGCAAAUCUCAGCAAUCAGCCUGGUUAAACAUUCGAAAUAUCCAUAAGGCAUUUCUCAUUUGUCUCUUAUCUGCUUUGGUAAUCGUCGAAACAAUUUUCUGGUCUUGGCGUCAUCCAGGAAAGGAACGCUAUUUGCCGUAUGGAAGUGAUCCAUUUAAAAUUAUCCAAACGUUGAUAGCGAAUAUCGAAUUUCUCACCUAUCUCGUCUUUUGCUCUGUCGGCAUUCAUGCAAUUCUCUUCAAACAGCGAACAUUGACAAUAGUUGUCACGGUUUAUUUGGUGAGU